UCUUAGUUGCAGCAUGCGGGAUCUUUAGUUGUGCCAUGCAAAUUCUUAGUCGCAGCAUACAUGUGGGAUCUAGUUCCCUGACCAGGAAUUGAACCCAGGUCCCCUGCAUUGGGAGCAUGGAGUCUUACCCAUUGGAUCACCAGGGAAGUCUCUGUCUUUUUGUUUUGUUUGUGGUUUCCUUUGCUGUGCAAAACUUUUAAAUUAGAUCCCAUUUGUUUAUUUUUGUUUUUAUUUUUGUUACUCUAAGAGGUGGAUCAAAAAAGAUUUUGCUAUGAUUUAUGUUUAAUGUAGAUAAACUCUACGAUGAGAUCUUGCAUGUAUUGGAUCCCAAAGGACAAAAGAUAGAAUUUCUAGAACCCAUUGUUAAGAUAUUUUUAGGUUUUUCCCUGCUGAAUUAUGCCGGGGGAAAAAGUCUAAAUUUCAUCUGCAUGAUCCCUUUCAGUUCUUAUACCACAUGUACACUCAUCAAAAUAUAAGUCUGUCUGAAUUGUGCAUCAUAUCUUUGUGAUUGAAAUGAUAAUAUUGCAUUUCCAAGCCUCACAGCUAAAAUUAGAAAUAAACCUCAGAUAUGUGCCUUUAUGGAAUCAAAGUUAUGGUCUGUGGUCUCUUAUGAAAAGCUCUCACUUCCCAUGCUUAAUAUCGCCCUCAAAAAUUGAUACGUAAUCAGGCCCCAUGGAACUGAACUUUAGACAUACUAUAAGCAUUAGGCAACAAAAAACUUUACAAAAAUACUUUUGUUUCUUCCUCAGCCAUGUUACUGUUUUUAAGUAAUUUAGAAAAUGUGGGCUGGGUGACCUUGCUUGGUUUCAGAAAAUGAAGACUUUGAAAUCAAACCUUCAAACUACCAGAAUCUAACUCCUCGUGAAGAAGUGGAGCUGCUAAGAGGGAGGGGCUUUCUGCAGGGUCGCAUGGCUGGGCAGGGGCCCAGGUCUCUCAACGCUGGACACAGCAUACCCUGCCGUGUGAAGGAGCGAGGGGCUUUGGAGCCAGGUGUCUGGGGAAGAUGUUACAUCAACAUGCCCUCUUUCCUGUUGCUGGAAGCCAUCUGCAUUUUCCUGUUUGCCGGAGUGCCCCCAUCCCUGCCUCUUCAGGAAGUCCACGUGAGCAAGGAGACCACUGGGAAGAUUGCAGUCGCCAGCAGAAGUCAGGGUGGGAGCGGUCCAGUUCAGUUCCACCCCUCGUCUGGAAUUCCCCUUGGAUGCAUUUUCAACCCAACAGGAAGUGAAGGCAAAAAUCAAGAGGAUGGUUUUCAAGACUUCCAAAACUAUGUGAAUAAAAGUGGCGAAAGUGGACAUCCUUGUCUUGUUCCUGAUAUUAGAGGAAAUACUUUCAGCUUUUCACCAUUGAGUAUGAUGUUGGCUGUAGGCUUGUCAUAUACAGCCUUUAUUAUGUUGAGAGGAGGACGCACAGAGACAGACCUUGCUCUGAAAUACCUUCUGCGCAAAGGAUUCCCUGGGGGUAGAAAUACCUCUGUGCCCCAGGUCCUCAUCAUCCUCACGGAUGGGAGGUCCCAGGGGCACGUGGCCCUGCCAGCCAAGCAGCUGAAGCAAAGGCGUGUCACUGUGUUUGCCGUGGGGGUCCGCUUCCCGAGGUGGGAGGAGCUGCACACGCUGGCCAGCGAGCCAAGGGAGCAGCACGUGCUGUUGGCCGAGCAGGUGGAGGACGCCGCCAAUGGCCUCUUCAGCACCCUCAGUGGCUCUGACAUCUGCACCAUCGCCUCUCCAGACUGCAAGGUCCAGCCUCACCCCUGUGAGCGCAAGACGCUGGAGAUAGUCAGGGAGCUUGCCGGCCACGCCCCAUGCUGGAGAGGAUCUCGGGGGACUGACGCCGUGCUGGCUGCGCUCUGUCCCUUUUCCAGCUGGAAGAGAGUGUUCUUAACCCACCCCGCCAGCUGCUACAGGACCACUUGCUCAGGCCCCUGUGACUCGCAGCCCUGCCAGAAUGGAGGCACGUGUAUUCCAGAAGGACCGGACAGGUACCACUGCCUCUGCCUGCCGGCCUUCAGAGGGGAGGCUGACUGCGCCGCGAAGCUGAGGCUGGAGUGCAGAGUCGACGUCCUGUUCCUGCUGGCCGGCUCGGCGGCCGCCACCCCGGAGGGCUUCCUGCGGGCCAAGGCCUUCGUGCAGCGGUUCGCGCGGGCUGCGCUCAGCGAGGACUCCCAGGCGCGCGUGGGCGUGGCCCUCUACGGCGCGGAGCUGGCCGUGGCCGUGCCGGUGGGCGAGUACCCGGACGUGCCGGGCCUGGUGCGGAGCCUCGACGACCUGCCCUUCGGCGGCGCCGCCGCCACCCUGACGGGCCGGGCCCUGAGGCAGGCGGCAGAGCGCGGCUUCGGGAGCGCCGCCGGGACGGGCCUGGACCGGCCCCGCAGGGCUGUGGUCCUGAUGACCGAGGCGCGCUCCCAGGACGAGGUGGCCGGCCCGGCGCGCUUCGCGAGGUCCCGGGAGCUGCUCCUGCUGGGCGUGGGCAGCGAGGCCGUGCGGGCGGAGCUGGAGGAGAUCGCCGGCAGCCCGGAGCGCGUCCUGAUCUACGCCGAGGCGCAGGACCUGUUCCGCCAAAUCCCGAGGCUGCAGGGGAAGCUGUGCAGCCGGCCGCGCCCAGGCUGCCAAGCCCAGUCGCUGGACCUGGUCUUCAUGUUGGACGCCUCCGUCUCGGUGGGGCUGCGGAACUUUGCCCAGAUGCAGAGCUUUGUGAGAGGCUGCGCCCUCCAGUUUGACGUGAACCCGGACGUGACACAGAUUGGCCUGGUGGCGUAUGGCGGCCAGGUCCAAACAGUCUUCGGGCUGGACACCCACCUCACCCGCGCCGCAGCGCUGCGGGCCGUGAGCCAGGCCCCCUACCUGGGUGGGGUGGGCUCGGCAGGCACAGCCUUGCUGCACAUCUAUGACAAGGUGAUGACAGUCCAGAGGGGCGCCCGGCCUGGUGUCCCCAAGGCUGUGGUGGUGGUCACGGGCGGGAGGGGGGUGGAGGACGCGGCUGUCCCCGCCCAGAAGCUGAGGGACAAUGGCGUCUCUGUCUUGGUGGUGGGCGUGGGGCCCAUCCUGAGGGAGGCUCUGCGGAGGCUGGCAGGUCCCCGGGACUCCCUGAUCCACGUGGCAGCCUACGAAGACCUGAGGCACCACCAGGACGCGCUCAUCGAGUGGAUAUGCAGAGAAGCCAGGCAGCCAGUUAACCUCUGCAAACCCAGCCCGUGCAUGAACGAGGGCACCUGCAUCCUGCACAACGGGAGCUACCGCUGCGAGUGCCGGGACGGCCGGGAGGGCCCCCACUGCGAGAACCUUCACGUCUUUCCCAGGGGCCUUGAGAGGAGACACCCCCAAGGCACGCAGCCCCAGCCGAGAGCCUGCAGGAGGGCAGCAGCCGCGCCCCUCCCAGCUGAUACCCAGGAGGCCUGGGCCCCCUGGGCACUGAAAGGGGGCCUGCCCUCAGCGGAGCAUUCUGUCUCGUGGGGUCCUUUGCGUGUCUGCCUCCAGCCCUGUCCGGAACCCUCCUGCCCACUCUCCUGACGUAGGGAGAAGAGAGGGCCCAGCUGCAGACACUGCUGCCGGCGGACACGGUCGCGGCUGAUUUCCCUCCCUAACGACGAUGCUGAAAACGGUUCAGGUGUGAGCACUUACUUUGCUGACCUCGUGGUGCGCUGCUGAGCUGGUGUCAUCCACCCCUCCCCCUUGAGGAGGAACAGAGGAACCUGGAGACUUUCGAUGGCCUGUUUGAAGCUCACUUUUCCCACAACAGAUGCUAAAUAGAACGUUGCUGGGACAGUCACGCCCAACAGAAGGCGGGGAUGAGAGUGUCACUCAGACCCCUGAUGUGACGGCAUUUCAAGAUAGACAAACAGUGGACCUUUAGACACACCUUUCCCCAAAGAUGUCCCAGAUGGAGUCAUUCUUAGUUUGCAAAGGGGCUUGAGUGGCAUUUGUGACUUGUUUUGGUGACUGGAUCCACCUGUGGGAGUUGGAAAGGCCUCAGACUGGAAGGUGACAGAUUAACCCGCUUUUGCUUGUGGGGGGAGGGGCUGAGUGUGCAAACAGCCCUGGUCUCAAGGGGCCACAUGAGCUGGGCCCAGGCCCUGGGCAGCAUUCCCUUCGAGGGGCGGCUUACCGUUUACUGAGAUGGGUCAGUUGUGGGGGUGUUUCUUGAGCGCUUGUCUUACUCUGCCUUUUGGAGGCAAAAAGGAGUAGAAUUCUUAAACAAUAUAGAACAAAGAACUUUAGAGGGGUUUUGCCUUUUUAGGCACAGAUCUUAUGCCGCUUGCUUUUAGUUUCGUUUUUUAAAUACCUGGUUUUAAAAGGAAUAUUUCAAGAAGUGAUGUUGGUUAUUAUUUAACAGGCAAGGAAGCUUCGUUGGAAUAUUUUCUGGUGAACUAGCUAUUUGCUUACCUCACAGUAUUCAGGAAUCGAUUCUCCCCCUGGGUGGUAGUGUUGGAAGUCAGCUUUUCAGUAGAAGCCUUUGUAGGGCUCUGAUUUAAAUCCAGAUACUUUAUCAUAGUUUUUAAUGUAAAUACCUUAACGUGAUUUUUAUAGGCAAAUAUUCAAGGCUACUUUGUUUUAAAUACUGCUUAGCUUUAAGAACUUUAGGAUUUCUGGUGCAAGAAAAGUACUUGAAAUGUUGUCACCAUGGUUUUUGUUAGACAUUAAAAAGUCAGGUGUGUCAACUACUGUGCAGGACAGCCAUGAAUUCAAGGGAUAUUUUCAUCCCUAUUAUUGCUUUUGCCUUGGCAGAAGGCAACAUCAGAGCAGGGUCACAUGCCCACCUGGCAGGUGCUGACAGGUGAUAUCAGGAUUUACAUGAAUCCAUUGUCUUUAUAUUAACAGCAGUUUAAUCGUUUCAUAGUGUAGGCUCUUUGUCUGGUUCAGGGCUGAGAUUUGGAUGUCCCAUUUGAGUUGGACUUAAAAAAAAAAAAAAAAACAGAAAACCCACAAAACUGUGGACCCUAGGCUUACAUAGUAAAGGCUUUACAGCUUCUAUUUUUAAGUCCCAGCCCUUGAAACUUUUUUACCUUUUCUAGUGAAUGUGCCACUGAAGAGUUCAAUCAUUUUGAGGUCCCAGUAGCAGCAGAGGCAAUUCCUAACAAGAUAGCUGUAAGUGAUCUUUCCCCAGUCAACCCUUUUUCUUUCUUUUAAAAUAAAACUGGCUUUUAAUUAUACAUGUAAUAUAUAAAUGUUCUCCUUGGAAAAACUUAAAUGAUUUAUGAUCUAUCUGCAGUGUUUAUUUUUCUCCAAAUGAUCCUUAUUCCAGCCAACUUGCUAAAUGCUCUAGUUCUAAUGGUUAUUUGAUUCUCUUGCUUUUUUAGAAAGAUAGAUAGCAUUUACAAGUAAUGACAAGUUUGUCUUUUCCUUUUGAAAUACUACUUUUUGUCAUCUUGCAUUGUCUAGGACCUUCAGAAUAAUGUUUUUAAAAGUAGUGGUAACAGUAUGUAUCUGGUUCUUGACUUGAAGGGACUUUUUCGUCAUUAUAUGUUAUUUUAUGUGGAUUACUUGGUAAGGAAUGUUAACUUCUAUUCUUAGAUUACAAAGAGUGUUUAUUAAGAGUGUUGAGAUUUGUGGUUUGCUUUUCUGCUGCCUUUGAGAAGAUUUUUUUUUUUCACUUUUAACUGGUUAAUAUGAUAAAUUACCCAUUACUGUAUUUUCAGUUGUUGAACUACCUUUGAUUCCUUGGAUGAAUGCUACCUGGUUGCAAUACCUGAUUCCUUAAAGAUUUUUUUCAUCUAUGUUCAAAAAUGUGAUUGUUUUUCUUUUGCAAUAUGUGUUAGAAUUUUGGUAUCAGAGCUGUGCUUUCUAAAAUGAAAAAUAUAUAGUCCUCAAACUUUCACAGUAUUUUCUUGUAAAAGUCUUGUCAGACUCUUUCCUUAGGCCUCUUGUUCAGUUCUAUCAUUUAAUACUGAUGUAGGCCGUCUUUUUAUAGUAUUCGUCUUUUCAAUGAGCCAGAAAUUUGGUUUUGUCAUUUUUGAAACCAGCGUGUUUAUGCUAUAAACUUUCUUAACUAUUACCAUUAAAAGGCAACUUUGCAGGUAUUGGUAUGUUUUCCCCCCAAGAAUUAUUUAGGAGUGUAUUUCGUUUCUAGGCAUGCUGGUGCUCAUUCUCUUAUGCGUGAUCAGCUUCUAAAGAAAGAUGUUUCCCAUAUGUUAAUUUCACUAUUAAAUGCUUCUUUCAGCCUUA